AUGGUACCUCCUUCCGUCGAAGAUGAAGACGUUGGCACGCUUCACUUCAACGACGAGGAAGAAGUCCCAUCACACCUGCUCAAAUACUGGCAUCAACGAUACGACAUCUUCUCCAAAUACGAUGAUGGCAUCCGACUCACCAACAACGCCUGGUUCGGCGUGACACCCGAGCCCGUCGCCCACCAAAUCGCCACCGACAUCGCCCACCUCGCUCCCCCCACCAAACGCAUCCUCAUCGACCUCUUCGCCGGCGCCGGCGGCAACGCCAUCGCCUUCGCCCUCUCAGGCCGCUGGGACGCGAUCUAUGCGAUCGAGCGGGACCCCGCAACGCUGGAGUGUGGGCGGCACAACGCGGCGCUCUACGGCGUGGGGGCGGAGAUCACCUGGAUCGAGGGGGACUGCUUCAAGGUGAUUGAAGAGCAGCUGGCGGAGGUGUGCGGGGAGGCGGUGCUGUUUGCGAGUCCGCCGUGGGGAGGCCCAGAGUAUGUGGGAAGGAAGAUAUUUGAUGUAGAGGGGAUGGAGCCGUAUGGGUUGGGAGAGCUGUAUGGAGGGUUUGGAGGGCGAGGGGGGCAGGUGGUGUUGUUUUUGCCGAGGACGGCAAAUUUGAAUCAGUUGGCGGGGGUGGUGGGAGAAGGGGAGGGGAGGGUGUUGGUGAGGCAUUAUUGUAUGACAGGGUUUAGUAAGGGGCUGUGUGUGUUUUAUGGGAAGUGGGAAGAUCCUACUCAGGAUGGAUGA